AUAGUUGCUCCACGAUUCGUGGUUCUACCUCCAGUUUACCUAGCUGGUUAUGAAGACUGGAACACAACCAUCACAUGCAAUAUAUUUGUUCGGCUACUGGAUCACCGCUGCCAACGAUCGAGUGGAGCAAAGAUGGCCAACCUUUAUCUGUAAACACUACAGUUCACCAAACCAUUAAAGAAACUAUAGGCGAGUUGGUCAUUGAUUCGUUCAUGCCUCAAGACCAAGGACGAUACAAAUGCUUUUUUAGAAACUACGAGAAUGGAACAGCUGAAACUACAAUACAAGUCUCACUAAUGAGCUGUGGCGAUCCUGGAAAACCCCUGAAUGGCUAUCGUACUGGCAAUAAGUUCUGGGCUGGAAAUAUGGUAUUUUAUACUUGUGAUCCUGGUUAUUACUUGGUGGGACCAUCCAACCGACUGUGUCUGGAAAAUGGUGCAUGGAGCAACUCCAUGCCAUCAUGUCUCCGUCUUUGUCCCGAGAUGGUUUCCCUUGAGAACGGAUACAUUGUGGGCGAUUUCCUGGCAAACAAUUCCCUCACUUUCAAUUGUAAUCCCGGUUAUUGGCUCAGUGGAAACCGCCAACUGCUAUGUGAUCCCAAUACAGGAAGCUGGAAAGGUUGGAAUGGAACUAUUACUAUCGAAAACCCUCAGUGUAAAAACAUUGACGAGUGCUCGACGGGCGCUAAUACUUGCAAUGUUAAUGCACAAUGCACCGACACAAUUGGAUCAUAUACAUGUCGGUGUAACCAAGAGUUUCAAGGAAAUGGACGGACAUGCUCAAUAAAGGGACAUUACCAAGAUUCACAAGGUUGGACUCUUAUUGCUCGAUUCUCAAAUAACGAUGCAAACAACUGGAUGGGAGACGAUGCUUCCUGGUGGUACAAUCUUAAAACUCCACAAGGAGACAUUACGAACCCAGGUGUGAACCAAGACAUGAUCUCCGUGGCCUUCUGGUUUUUAAAGGGAAACAACAUCAAGAUCACUCGCUCAGAUGAUCCUCACCACACGGCCUUGCUGCAGACAACAUCAAACUGUUUUUCCACACAGACCUUCCGUUCAAUGAUCUCAAGCUAUGGCACGUUUACGCAUGGCACGGAAUGGGCAAGCAAUCGGUGUCUUGGUAGUUGUCACGUGUCAUACGGGGGACAGUAUCAGUCGACAAAUGGUUUUUCGCAAAGCCAGUGUGGUAGCAACAUACAGAGCAGUAAUUACAUCGGGUUCUGGUGUGAUUGGAGUGGUGGUGAUGGUGCAGUGAUGAUGAUUGGUGGAGGCGGCUCUGGCUGCAAAAGGGCUGAUCAUGGCAUCGCAAUUACUGAGGCUGGGAAUGCAGCAUUUGCAGACAAUAGCCAAGGCGAAUGUGAUUUCGGCAAUAAUGUUCCUAGUGAUUGCACUUCAUCGUACUCUCUUAAUUUGUGGAUUAAGUGAAAACUCGACGUUUUAAAGGACAGGUCAAAGAUGUACUUAAAGGCCUCACGAAGAGUUUUUUCAUUUUUUUCUGGGUGAUCUCCACGCUUUAAAUCGCAAAUUGAGUGUCUUACUGAUAUUUAAAUAAAAAUUCACAAAAAUUCAAGAUAUAUUCAAAUAAAACCUGUUUUAGAAAAAAUGGGUUUAAAAGAAAAUUGAGAGAUCGAAAGACGGCGAUAACAUUUAGGGCUCAGUUUUCAAAAUUUCUUAUGACACCUUAGCUUAGAACCAAAAUCUCCUUGAAACAUGUAAAAUAAAAUAGAGUUAAAAUAAAACA